AUGUUUGUUCAUGUCGCCGGCGUAACUGGCAACAUCGGCCAAAAGCUGGUCGAUGCUCUCCAUGCUCGAGGGCAUCAAGUCCGUGGUUUAGGCCGCAACCCCGGGAAACUUACGGCUACCCGCCGCGCCAAAUUGGAAGAUUUCAUCCUUACCAGCAACCACUAUGACAUCGAGGCCCUUGAUCGAGGUUGCAAGGGAGCCGACGCAGUCAUCUGUGCGUAUGGAGUGUUACCGACCGAGCUACAAUUUGACGGGCAACUUCUCCUCCUCAGGGCGGCUGAGCGCGCCAACAUUCGUCGAUUUGUUCUCUCGACAUGGAACAAUGACUGGAGUCGAGAUCCUUUAGGCAUGCACGAGAGCUACGACCCUUUUAUUGCUUUCCGCCGCAUCGCUGAGUUAAGCUCGCCCAUCAAGUCGAUUUACAUCUUCACAGGUGUCUUGGCCGAGGUGUUUUGGGUCUUCCCUGAUCAUCCUUUUGGAGCUGUCGAGUUGAAUGGCUACUGGGAUGGUAGAGACAAGUCCAUGAGUUUCUGGGGCAACGGAGACAAGCCAAUGCCAUGGUCCACGGAGCGAGACGCAGCUGAGUUUACGGCUGCAAUAAUUUCUAGAGACGACGCCGAGGAGGGUGGAUGCUGGAAUACAGUCUCCGGUAUUCAUUCCGUCCGGGAGCUUGCCACAGUGUACGAAAGGGUAAAGGGAAAAGAGGUCAGCUUCAAGAUCAGGGGUACUGAUGAAGACCUCAAGGCUCUUGCAUUCGAGGCCCGUAAGGCAGCUACACCGAGGGACUUCUUCCAGUAUAUGUCGUACUUUGUCGCAGCGCCACACGUGGCGCUGCCGGUUACUGCCGUACGAUACCGCUUUCCACAAGCCGAUUACCCGUCUUGUACGGUAUAUAGAUAUGACCCCCAUACGGAUCUUCCACUUAGAGGAAUCAAGCCACUUUCUACUAUACAUGUCUUCCACUUGCUACCUCGCUUUGUGAUAUACUUCUAUCAGUUUUAUACUAAUAAUGGUACUUGGGAUAUGGCGAAGAUCGACAAUGAUGAGCUUGAUGUCCGAGCAACGUCUCUGGAGGAUUUUUUGAGAGACAACAAUAUCUAG